AUGCACCAGGCUCGCAUUUUCGCCAACGCCGACGUGUCAAAGCGCAACACGCGCAAGCAAUGCUGGAUCACCUACAACGGAAAUGUCUACGAUGUCACCGAGUUCCUCGAGGACCACCCGGGUGGCGAUGACCUGAUUCUCAACGUUGCCGGCGGAGACGUCGGUACGAUCAUGGCUGACCCGACCUCGCACGCGCACUCGACUUCCGCCUACGAGAUGCUAGAGGAGUUCAAGAUCGGAGAGCUCGGCGGCGACGAGAAGAUCGUCUCUGAGGACUGGGUUCCCGACGUCGACUUCCACCCGGACGAGACCAACGUCAAGUCUGACUACGACAAGAACAAGUUCCUCGACCUCUCGCGUCCUCUCCUCAUGCAGGUCUGGGGCGCUCCCUGGUCUAAGGAGUACUACCUCAGCCAGGUGCACAACCCGCGCCAUCUGAAGGAGUCCGCGCGUCUGUUCGGUCCCGACUUCCUCGAGAUGUUCACCCGCACCAAGUGGUGGGUCGUGCCCAUGGUCUGGGGUCCCAUCACCGCCUUCCUGUUCUAUCUGUCGGCCCUGCAGUUUACCAACUCGGCGAUCACGGCUAAGGACUUGUUGAAGCUGCCGCUGCAGAUGCCUCUCCCCACUCCCAGCGCGAUGGGCCUCGCCAAGACGAUUCCUUGCUUCCUGCUCGGCAACGUCAUCUGGACGCUGCUCGAGUACGGCAUGCACCGGUUCCUGUUCCACAUUGACGACCACCUCCCCGACCAGAACUGGGCCAUCGUCCUCCACUUCCUCCUGCACGGUAUCCACCACUACCUGCCCAUGGACCGCCUGCGCCUCGUCAUGCCCCCGCUCCUGUUCUUCGUCCUUGAGACGCCGUUCACCAAGCUCGCGCACCUCAUCUUCCCCAAGGCGAUCGCGAACGGUAUCAUCGCGGGCGCGUUCGCGUUCUACAUCCUCUACGACUGCUGCCACUAUGCGCUCCACCACACCCGCCUGCCGCAGUACCUCGCCGAGCUCAAGCGCUACCACCUGGCGCACCACUACAAGAACUACGAGCUUGGCUUCGGUGUCACGUCCAAGAUUUGGGACGUCGUCUUCCACACCGAGCUGUUCAUGUAG